AUGGAUUCAAACGUGCAGGUGAACACCACAACUUGCCGGAAACUCCUCUCCUUCCUACUCUUCCAGAUUGUGUUCAGCUCUAUCGUCUUCACCUAUGUCCGAAACUUCACAAAGCCAGAACCAGAGACCACCAGAGACAUCACACAGAAGCCAUUGGAAUGGUUCCGAAACAGCAGGCUGGCAGAGAAGGAACCCUCCAACCUCACCUAUGUCCGAAACUUCACAAAGCCAGAACCAGAGACCACCAGAGACAUCACGCAGAAGCCAUCGGAAUGGUUCCGAAACAGCAGGCUGGCAGAGAAGGAACCCUCCAACCUCACCCUCCUGCUAUGGGCCUGGCCCUUUGGAGCCCGUUUUGACAUUCAAAAAUGCUCCAAACUCCUGGGGAUCCCUGACUGCCACAUCACAGCCAACCGUAGCUGGUACUCAAAGGCUGAUGCAGUGAUUGUGCACCACCGAGAUGCAUGCAGUAGUCCCAAGAGGCUCCCUCAAGACCCACGGCCGCCCUUCCAGUGCUGGAUCUGGUUCAAUCUGGAGUCUCCCAGCCACUCCCCCAACCUGGGCUUCAUGGACGGGCGCUUCAACCUCACCAUGUCCUACCGGAGAGACUCAGAUAUCUUCACCCCUUAUGGGUGGCUGGAAGUCCUUGCCCAGCCCGAAAAUGUCACCAUUCCACCCAAAUCCAAGCUGGUGGCCUGGGUUGUGAGCAACUGGAACCCAGGGUCCCGCCGAGUGAGAUACUACGAGGAGCUGAAGAAGCACAUCCACGUGGACGUGUUUGGACAUGGCCGCCUGCCGCUAUCCAGGGAUCAGCACUUGUCCGUUCUAUCCCAGUACAAGUUCUACCUCGCCUUUGAGAACUCCAUUCAUGAGGACUACAUCACAGAGAAGUUGUGGAAGAAUUCACUGCUCUCUGGGGCUGUCCCGGUGGUCUGCGGGCCGCCCCGGAAGAACUACGAGCGUUAUUUGCCCCCUAGCUCUUUCAUUCACAUUGACGACUUCCCGACCGCAGAAGAGCUUGCUAACUUCUUAAAAGAACUAGACAGGAACACAACACGGUAUCACAGCUACUUCCUCUGGAGGUCUUGGCUGAAGCCUGUCGGACUCACAUUCUGGAACCUUCAUUUUUGCAAAGCGUGCCUGGCAUUGCAAAAAAAACCAAUCUAUUACCAGACCGUGCCAGAGCUGAGCAAGUGGUAUAAGUGAGUUGGCAAUCCAUGGCAAGGCAGUGGGUUGUGUUUCCCGCACCAGCUGGCCUCUUUGGGGUCAGUUUGUUGGCAAGCUUAAAAUAUCCCUAGAAAGUUUA